CGCAAAGUCAACUGAGAAUGUCUGUUACUUUGUCUGAUAUAGAACAGAAGCUAAAGGAGGGCGUUGGUGCUACGCACGUCGAAGUGAAGGACGUGUCUGGAGGCUGUGGAUCGAGUUUUGAAGUACUGGUUGUAUCCAGCCAGUUUGAAGGAAAGCCUUUACUGCAGAGACACAGAUUGGUGAAUCGCUGCCUUGCAAAUGAAUUGGAGAAGAUACAUGCAUUUUCGCAGAAGACCGUGACUCCUACAGAAUGGGAUCAGAAGAAGUAGGCUAGACUGUGAGGAUUAAUUGUCUUUGGAUUCUACAAAAGUGUAACAGGAAUUAACGAACUGUAGCUCCUCUGAAAAGCCAGAGUGAUAUUGUGGAUGGUAUAGGGGAGAAGUCUGACCUAGUUGUUGAAUUUAGAUUGCUAGUAUGAAAGAAGCAACAUCAAAUUUUGAUAGUAUAUACUGUACAAUGUAUAAUAUGUGCAAGGUAGAUUUCAGUCAUAUUUUUGUGUUAGUUCUGCAACAAUCGCAAAAUCUUAAAUUUCAUCCCAAUGAAGAUCUGAUGUAUAGUAGGAAGCCUAGCUAGGUACACACGUUUACAAUACUGAUCGAAUACGAAAAAAGUGGCAGCACAAAUCAAUUGCUGUAAAGGGUAUAGUAGAAAAACAGUCUGAGAACCAAUAAAAGUACCCAAGAAAGAGACAGUUGUUGAUGUAUUAUAAAAUCCAUGAAGUAUUUCCAGUAAUCAAGUGUCUGGGUCUGGGUUUUUUCCCACUCUCUCCUCUUCACCUUUAAUAGCAGU